AUGAAGUGGCUCUUAGCUGUGUUGUGUUUCCUCCAUGUCAUUGGGAUCAACUAUUGUUUAUUUCUAGAAGUCCGUCCUGAGAACCCAGAAGCACAAAUAAAUGUUAGCCAGAUGAUUUACUACUGGAGCUAUCCCAGUGAAGAGUAUGAAGCUAUAACUCAAGUUGCUUAUAUACUUAAAAUUAACAGAAUUCCACAUGGAAAAACAAAUGGCUCUCAUUCAGUCAGGAAACCUGUUAUGUUUCUUCAGCAUGGUUUUUUCAUGACUGCCAGCUGCUGGAUUUCCAACCUGCCCAACAACAGCCUGGGCUUCCUCCUGGCUGAUGCUGGAUAUGAUGUAUAGCUGGGGAACAGCAGGGGGAAUGUUUGGUCCAGGAAACACCUGCAUUUAUCACCACACACAAAAGAAUUCUGUGCUUUCAGUUAUGAUGAAAUGGCCAAAUAUGAUCUUCCAGCCAUUCUUGACCUGAUCAAGAAAGAAACUCAACAAAAGAAAAUAUAUUAUGUGGGACAUUCACAAGACACCACCAUUGGUAUGACAAGACUAUCUUUAGGCUCAGCAUUAAAGGACACACACAUUGGUGAACACGGGUCCCCAUACCUAGAGAAUUGCACUGAUGAUGAUCGGCUCUUGAGUAUCGUAAAGGAAAGACUCCUGUGA